AUGUUCUUUUAUUAUGUACUUAGUUCUGGCGGGAAGCUUUCUAAACGAGAUCCUGAAUUUUCCGCUUUUGGUCGCGUAGCCGCUCUACGAGAGUCGGGCCAUUUGUCUUCAGCCGUGCUCAGCUGGCUUUUAUCGACUGGUUGCGGCUUUUCAACCUCUUUUGGUGCUUGUACCCGUUCUAAUUCUGAUCUUAGUAUUAUCACAGGAGUAGAAAAGUCAAUUUUUUCUGUGUGGUGGCCCGAGAUGUCUUUAACAGAUGCGAUCACCAAGGUAAGGAGUUGA